AUGAUGGCUGACCAUCUUUUGCAUUAUAACGACUCAGCUGGGGUUGGGAACCGAUUCGCCCGCAAAGGUGCUUUGAGGCAGAAAAACGUGCAUGAAGUGAAAAACCACAAAUUUACUGCGAGAUUUUUCAAGCAGCCGACCUUCUGCAGCCACUGUACAGACUUCAUAUGGGGAUUUGGGAAACAAGGAUUUCAAUGCCAAGUGUGCUGUUUUGUGGUCCACAAACGGUGCCAUGAGUUCGUCACCUUCUCCUGUCCUGGAGCCGACAAGGGUCCUGACACAGAUGACCCCAGAAGCAAGCACAAGUUCAAGAUUCACACAUAUGGCAGUCCCACCUUCUGCGACCACUGUGGCUCCCUGCUGUACGGGCUCAUCCACCAAGGGAUGAAAUGUGACACCUGCGACAUGAACGUGCACAAUCAGUGUGUGGUCAAUGUGCCAAGCCUGUGCGGGACGGACCACACGGAGCGUCGGGGUCGCCUCUUCCUCAAGAUCGAGGUCAGCUUGGACAGGCUACACGUCACAGUGGGUGAAGCCAGGAACCUGAUUCCUAUGGAUCCAAAUGGUUUAUCGGACCCUUAUGUUAAACUCAAGCUCAUCCCCGACCCAAAGAACGAGACCAAACAGAAGACCAGGACCAUCCGCUCCUCUCUCAACCCCUGCUGGAACGAGUCCUUCACCUUUAAACUGAAAGCAUCAGAUAAGGACCGCCGUCUGUCCAUUGAGGUGUGGGAUUGGGACCGAACCACCCGGAACGACUUCAUGGGCUCCAUGUCGUUUGGGGUGUCCGAGCUCAUCAAAGCUCCCAACUGUUGCUGGUACAAGCUGCUGAACCAGGAGGAGGGAGAGUAUUACAACGUUCCCAUCCCCGAGAUGGACGACGUCAACCUGGAGCUCCGACAGAAGUUUGAGGCCUGCCAGUUAAAUAUCCACUAUCUCAAGAAAGCCAAGCUGGGCCACGGUAAGAAAGUGAUCACGCCAUCAGACCACCGGCGAUUCAGCCUGCCUUCAAGCAACAUGGACCGGAUGCGGCUGAACGACUUCAACUUCCUGGCCCUGCUGGGGAAGGGCAGCUUUGGCAAGGUGAUGCUGGCGGAGAUGAAGUCGACGGAGGAGCUGUACGCCAUCAAGAUCCUGAAGAAGGAUGUCGUGAUCCAGGAUGAUGACGUUGAAUGUACGAUGGUGGAGAAGAGGGUGUUGGCCCAGAGAGACAAACCGCCCUUCCUCACGAUGCUCCACUCCUGCUUCCAGACUGUGGAUCGGCUGUACUUUGUGAUGGAGUACAUCAACGGGGGAGACCUCAUGUAUCAUAUCCAACGUAUGGGCAAAUUCAAGGAGCCGCAGGCAGUGUUUUACGCUGCAGAGAUCGCUGUCGGUUUGUUUUUCUUGCAUCGAAAGGGAAUCAUCUACAGGGAUCUGAAGCUCGACAACGUGAUGCUGGACUCAGAGGGCCACAUCAAAAUUGCUGACUUCGGCAUGUGCAAGGAGAACAUGUAUGAAGGCAUGUCCACGCGCACCUUCUGCGGCACCCCGGACUACAUCGCACCGGAGAUUAUAGCAUACCAGCCUUAUGCAAAAUCAGUGGACUGGUGGGCUUAUGGAGUUCUUCUGUAUGAGAUGCUGGCAGGACAGCCUCCGUUUGAUGGAGAGGAUGAAGACGAGCUCUUCCAGUCCAUCAUGGAGCAUAACGUGUCCUACCCCAAGUCCAUGACUAAAGAAGCUGUGUCCAUCUGCAAGGGACUGAUGACCAAACACCCGUCGAAGCGUCUCGGCUGUGGCUCAGAAGGGGAGAGGGACAUCAGGGAGCAGGCCUUCUUCAGACGCAUCGACUGGGACCGCCUGGCCAACAGAGAGAUCCAGCCACCAUUUAAACCCAAAGUGUGCGGCAAAGGAGCAGAAAACUUUGACAAGUUUUUCACGCGUACGCAGCCCGUGCUGACCCCUCCCGACCAGCUGGUCAUCGCCAACAUCGACCAGAGCGAGUUUGCUGGCUUCUCCUACAUGAACCCUCAGUUCAUCCAUCCGUCCCUGCACAGCGUGGUAUGAGCAGAAAGAAACAACAAACAAAAGCAUGGACUGUCGCUGACUACAGGAUCAUUUCCAAACUCCAACAAACGAUCCGGCCGUCAAAAGACUCACAUCAUCCUCUACAGUGUUCUGUCUACUAGUUAUCAAUAUCCGUGUGCAGAAGUGACUGAGGAGAGGGAGGCAAAGUGUUAAAGAAAAAGUCCAUGGCACUGAUAUUUUUGCAUAAUUUCCCCAAACAUCUCAUAUAAUAUGUUCUUUAUUCCGUAUCUGUGUUUAUCCGAAACCUGCAGCCUUUUUUUUUUUUUUCUUGUGUAUGAAUGUGUCUAACUUUGUUAUUACGUAUUAAAGAUGCAAGAUGUUUUCCUUUCUCAUGUUCCCCAUCUUACUACGCAACAAGCUGCAAUGCACGACAAGAACGGAACAUAUUUUUUCUGCUCUGUCCCGGCUUUAUCUACUUCUGAACCGCUACGCGUGUAUUUUAUAUUUAUAUACUAAAAACAAAAAGAGGUAGUAUACUGUUACAUGAGUGCCAAAGUAGAAAAAAAUCCUUUCUAUUGCAGUUCUUAAAGUCCUUGUAGUGUUUUUUUGCCCCCCUCUGGCCUUCCCAACACACUAAAACCCCGAAACAGGGGCCGUUUCUAUGUGUUGUUUUGUAGGACGUGGAGCUCCAGUGUAUCUAACUCAACAUAGAGAAACAGAAGCACAUUAUGCUUACAGUCACAAGCUGUCUGGGCAUUUUCAACGCAGCGGAGUUCAGAAUAUAGGGUCAGAAAACUGUGGAUCAAAGAGACAGCGUUUUAAAGUACAAACAUGCUAUUUCCAUGUGCACAAAGCAGAUCUCUGUUGCAUGCUUAUUUUUCUGACUCUGUAUGAGCAGUAGACUCUAGGAUGCAGUACACGUCUGGUAUCAUUGUAAAGUUUAGUAUUACGAUAUAAACUGCGUUAAUAUAUAAUUGUUGUAUGUUUUGAGGAGUGUUAUUCUGAAGAAAAAGUUGUGAAAGGUUUUGUUCCUGUUUUAUGUUCCGCUUAACUCAAACUUUUAUGUCCAGAGAGAACCCUCUAUUGUAUGUUUUUUUUGUAAAUAUGUUUCAAAAAGAGAAGUUACUUGCAGAUUUUAUACUACGACCUGAAUGUGCUUUUACUACCGUAGACAGUUUGAACAUUUCUAUGUUUAGAAUACCCCUAAGAAGAGUAUAUAUAUAUAUAUAUAUAUAUAUAUAUAUAUAUAUAUAUAUAUAAAGUUUGGCUGAAUCUUUGGUAGCUUUGGUAUCAGCAAACCUUGUUAUAUGUAUUUCCACUAUUUAUCCAUUGUUUUCUACUACUCAGUGUCAUGGCGAAUAUGCAGCACCUACUGUGCGUGAAAACGGUUGAAUGCCCUCUUGCCUUGGUCGUCUCGGAGGGGCCGACUCCUCCUGUAACGAAUUCAGUAACGGUAUGAGGAUUUCGGAGCCCUCUGAAACUUUUCUUUCUUGCGUGUAUUGUGUGCAUGCGUGAGGCGAGGCCUGAUCCAAGCAUGCGAAAGACCCCCUGCAUGAUACAGAGAUCAUGGAGCAUGGAGUCCCCCCCCCCCCCCUCCCACCACCACCAACUUGUUGCACAAGACAAACGAGACAAACCAACGAGACAAACCAACGAGCAUCGUGCGCUUUUUCUACUCGUCAUCUCCUCACGUAGCCCGACAUGUUUGGCUAAAAAGCUGAAUUAUAAACAAGAUGUGUAAAAUGCUUCUGUCGGCUUUUUUGCUCACUGGUGCCAAUCUUGAGUCUUUUUGUUUCCGGUCAGGUGUGUCCAUUUUUUUUUUUUUGAGAGGCUACUACUGAGGCACACAAUGCUACGACAGUGACGUUUCAUAAAACUGCCAAAUUUACUCUUAAUCCCUGAAUUAGCAGCCGAUUAGACUGUUGUCAGGCGUUAUCAGUCGCUAUAAGCCCCAUAGAUGCGGGUCAAUAGGGGCCUGCUACACCCACUAGUAGGUUUUAUCAUCUAUUCACAUGGUAGAUCACCGAAAGAAG